GGGGCCGCCUCCUCCCGCGAUUGUUGCACUGUCACGGCCCCGGCGCGGCCCCGGCAGCCGCGGCCAUGAAGCAGGAGGGUGCGUCUCGCCGGCGCGCCGGCGCCGACAAGGCCAAGCCGCCGCCCGAGGAGCCACCGCCGCCGCCGCCGCCGCCUCCGGACGUGGAGAUGCAGGAGGAGGCGGCCGAAGUGGCGGCGGGCGGCGGCGAGAAGCAGCCGCAGCGGGAGCUCGACGCCGUCACGUUGGAGGAUAUCAAAGAGCACGUGAAGCAGCUUGAGAAGGCUGUAUCUGGAAAGGAGCCUCGCUAUGUUCUCCGUGCCCUGCGGGCCCUGCCCUCCACCUCCCGCCGACUCAACUCCAAUGUGCUCCACAAAGCCAUUAAUGGCUUCUUCACCUCCAACAGCACUGUACGGGACUUCCUGCUGGCCUUCCUGGAGGAGCCUAUGGACACAGAAGCAGAGUUGCAGUUCCGUCCCCGGACAGGAAAGGCAGCAUCAGCCCCUCUCCUGCCAGAAGUGGAGACCUAUCUCCAGCUGCUCUUGGUCAUCUACCUGAUGAACAGUAAACGAUACCCAGAGGCCCAGAAAGUGUCUGACGACCUGAUGCAGAAGAUCAGCUCCCAGAACCGCCGUGCUCUUGAUCUGGUGGUGGCCAAGUGUUACUACUACCACUCCCGCAUCUAUGAGUUCCUGAAUAAACUCGAUGUGGUCAGGAGUUUUCUGCAUGCCCGACUGAGGACAGCAACCCUCCGCCAUGAUGCUGAUGGCCAAGCUACCCUCCUGAACCUGCUGCUGAGAAACUACCUUCACUAUAACCUCUAUGACCAGGCAGAGAAGCUUGUCUCCAAAUCUGUGUUUCCUGAGCAGGCCAAUAACAAUGAGUGGGCCCGGUACCUCUACUACACAGGUCGCAUCAAAGCCAUUCAGCUGGAGUACUCUGAAGCACGGAGAACCAUGACAAAUGCCCUGCGGAAGGCACCGCAGCACACAGCUGUUGGCUUCAAACAGACAGUCCACAAGCUGCUUAUCGUGGUGGAAUUACUGCUAGGGGAGAUUCCAGAUAGACUUCAGUUUAGACAGCCUUCUUUGAAGAGGUCACUCAUGCCCUAUUUCCUUCUGACACAAGCUGUUAGGACAGGAAACCUGGCCAAGUUCAAUCAGGUCCUGGAUCAGUUUGCGGACAAGUUCCAGGCAGAUGGGACCUACACCCUGAUCAUCCGGCUGAGGCACAAUGUGAUUAAGACAGGUGUUCGCAUGAUCAGUUUAUCCUAUUCUCGCAUCUCCUUGGCUGACAUAGCUCAGAAGCUGCAGCUGGACAGCCCAGAGGAUGCAGAGUUCAUUGUUGCCAAGGCCAUCCGGGAUGGUGUGAUCGAAGCCAGCAUUAACCACGAAAAGGGCUACGUCCAGUCCAAAGAGAUGAUUGACAUCUACUCUACCCGAGAGCCCCAGCUAGCUUUCCAUCAGAGGAUUUCCUUCUGCCUCGACAUCCACAAUAUGUCUGUCAAGGCCAUGAGGUUCCCACCUAAAUCAUACAACAAGGACUUGGAGUCUGCAGAGGAGCGCCGGGAGCGCGAGCAGCAGGAUCUAGAAUUUGCAAAGGAAAUGGCAGAGGACGAUGAUGACGGUUUCCCAUGAUGCUCUGAGUGGCAGUGCUUUUUUUUAUUUGUCCAUAGGGAACGUCCUGUCUGAUAGAAACCAUCAUAGGGUGGCUCCAAUCCAGAAUCUGCCUUUCUUUUAUAAAUACCUGCAUGUAUGUAUUGGGGGGGUGGGAGGGGACAUGCCCGGGUUCUGCAGCACCCUCUGGCUACUUCAGAGGGAACUGCUCCCUUACCACCAUCACCCACAAGUAUUGCAAUGAAGGGGGUCCCUCCUUAUUCCCAGUAAAAACAAACUUAUUUUAA